GGACGACGUAUUCUUCUUCGAACACAACGAACUCGCGCACAGUAACUUGCCAAGCCGUGUGCAAUUGCUCAUACUAACUAGCCUUCUCGCCACACCAAACUGGCGUAUUUCACCGAAGGCGAUUCGCUGUACGCCGGCUUCCAAAUAGCCACAAUGUCCGAAGUCACUUUUGCCAAAUCGUUCCUGGCAACCCUCGACAAGAAGCCUAUCAAACUACCCGCCGAUCAUGUCAGCGAUCCGAGGAAGUAUCCUGCGCAGUCGCCGUACACCCUCCCGCGUCCAACCCAUCCGUUCCCACGCAAGACUGUACCAGCUGCGACGCAAGAGGCGAAGCAGAAGACCGUGACGGCGACGCUGAAACCUAUGCGCGGCGGUGAGACUGUUACGCUAGCCGAUCUGACCCUACAGAGCACAAUCCACGACAUUAAGACUCAAUAUGCGCAGCAGAGCAGUCAACCGCAGGACAAGAUCAAGCUCCUGCUCAACAAGAAGCCCGCCGCGGAUCUGAAGACUCUGCAGGAACUUGGUGUGGCUGGCGAAACAGUGGAGCUGAGCGUGAUGAUCAUGGGUGCCGGCGCCGCAACCCCAACCGCGGCGACGACGCCAGCAGUUGAGAAGAGCGAGCCUGUAGCUCCUUCCACCGCCGAACCGCCCGCUGUUGACAAGAUGGACGUGGAUGAGAAGACGCCUGCACCUUCAAGCGAAAAGGCUCAGGCCGAGGCGGAGGCUAAGCCGGAAGCGCAGGCAAACACUGCCCAUCAGAUUCUGGCAAGUGAGGAGUUCUGGACUGAUCUGAAGGGCUUCUUAUCGCAACGAUUGCGAGACGACCAAGAAGCUGGCACGCUGGUGCAAGUCUUCAGGGAAGCGCACGCGAAGCAAUAGCCGAGAAUGUGGUUUUCCUUGCCGCCGCAACGAGCUCCAAACACGCAUUUUCUGCAUGCAUACAGCCGUCUCAAACUAUCCGUCGUUUCUUCGUUGGUAACAGAAUCAUUCGACGCUGUUACUCGACCGUUGCAUUUUCACCGCUUACCCAUCACCGCCAAGCAUUGCCCGGCCUUCUAAAGGGAGCAAGGUGCCUAUACGAGGCGUUUGAAGGGCAUUCCAGGUCCAUGCCGCCAGCGCCGGCCCAGUAACACCUGAAUACUGACAGGUUUUGCAGUGAUUCCAGCACCUGCUCGCAGUUGACGCCCAGAAAGUUCCUCUACUCCCCGUAUCUUCGCCAGCGCAAGAGAUAACUGUC